CGGAGCACGGGAAAGGGAAAAAGCGGAGAAGGCGUCGCCGAACAGAAGCAUUCGAACGGAGAGAAAGAGAGAGAUAGUAAGGAGAGAGCAGAGGUAAGCCAUGGCGGAGCACAAGGAGGAGUCGGUGAUGGACAAGAUCUCGGAGAAGCUCCACGGUGGGUCCUCGUCGGGGUCGGACGACGAGUCGUCUUCGGCCGCCGCCGCCGUCAAGGCCAAGAUCUACCGCCUCUUCGGCCGCGAGAAGCCCGUCCACUCCGUCCUCGGCGGCGGCAAGCCUGCUGAUCUCUUCCUAUGGAGGAACAAGAAGAUCUCUGGUGGCGUGCUUGCGGGCGCCACUGCCAUCUGGCUGCUGUUUGAGGUCAUGGAAUACCAUCUCCUCACCCUCUUGUGCCACUGCUUCAUCCUCACCCUGGGCAUCCUCUUCCUCUGGUCCAACGCCUCUGCAUUCAUCAACAAAUCCCCUCCUAACAUUCCUGAGGUGAGGAUUCCGGAGGACCUUGCUGUCAAUGUUGCGCGAUCACUGAGAUACGAGAUCAACAGGGGCUUUGCUAGCUUGAGGGAUAUUGGCCAAGGCCGUGACCUAAAGAAAUUCCUGAUUGUGAUUGCAGGUCUGUGGACUCUCUCUGCUCUUGGAAGCUCCUGCAAUUUUCUGACCUUGUUCUACAUAGUCUUUAUGGUGCUGUACACCGUGCCGGUUCUGUAUGAGAAGUAUGAGGACAAGAUUGAUGCUUAUGGAGAGAAGGCCAUGAUCGAACUGAAGAAAUAUUAUGCCAUCUUCGACGAGAAAUGCCUGUCUAAGAUUCCAAAGGGUCCGUCAAAAGAUAAGAAGCAUUAGAAGGAGUAUCUUGUGCAGGAUGUAUCCUCUCUGUUGAUCACUAAGGAUGGUUGUGAUUCCAUGUCUGUAGUUGAUAGUAGACACCUUAUUUGGACCUUAGUGUGGUCAGUAGUCGUGACGUGCAACUUCUACAAACUUAUGUUAUGCCAGCUUUUUCUCUAUAUCCUGUUUUGCGAUCUAUCUUUUAACAUAGCAUUCACACUUGCUUGUUGUUGGUGCUGGAAUGUGUGAAGGAUGUGUUGGUGUUGGAAUACAUAAAAAAAUCUGGUCAAAUUUUGACAUAGCA